GCUCGCUUCGCGGCCGAAAGAGGACUUCCGGGCGAACUUGGUUCUUCGCGUCGGGGAGGCUGUCGACCGGGCGCGUAGCCGUUGCAGGGGUUUCCGCCGGAAGCAGUCGGUUCGCCAUCCGGGACGGCGGGGCGGAAAGUCGAGAUCGGACCUUUGGACACGUGGACGUGAAAACGUGAACUCCGGCGGGGACGGAACAUCCGGACCUCGAGGGAUGUCGAGUCGGAAGUGCGCAGCGGGAGGCAGAUCUUGGAAGAAAUUCUCGAGGAAGGAAGAAUCCGAGAUAACGAGGCUCUGGUGGAGAGGUGGACCGUGAACGGAGGAUAUGAGAAGAGAGUCGUCGUCGGAUACGCAGUGCUGGAGUGGUCGGUGGGAGAGGUCGAAUAGUGUCGAGCCGGAAGAGGUUUGAUACGUUCCUGAGGUUUGGACCGGAGAAGAGGAGAGAUCGAGAGUUCACCCGGGCCAGCGAAGGACCGGAGACCCGGGAACCGUGGUAGACCUCUCGGUGGAGAUCGGGGACGGCAGGAUGUGGCGAGUCGUGGUGGCGCGGUCCGACGAGAACAGCACCCUGCUCUCGUCGGACAUCACGUCCGGCGCGAUGGGACCUAUGGCCCCUAUGGGCCCCAUGGCCUCGAUGGCGCCCAUGGGACCCAUGGGUCCGAGCCACCUCUCCUCGCUUCCGGCCCCCGGGGUGGCUUCGCAUCACUGGGGCUAUCCGCCCCCGCCCCAUCCCACGUAUCAGGCGCAUCAGCACGCGGAGAUGCGCCAUCACCACCCCCAGACUCAACCCCAGCCCCAUUCCCAUCCCCACGACCCGAGGCAUCCGGCCACCAGCGGGACCAACGUCCCCCCCAAUGUUCCACCUGGUGGUCAAGGCGUGGGCGAUGUCAAGGCCGAUCAUAGGCACGAGAUGCGCCAACAUCAGCCGGACAUGCAGCGGCCAGAAAUCAGGCACGAGAUGCAGCGGACGGAGAUCAGGCACGAGAUGCAGCGGCCAGAAAUCAGGCACGAGAUCAGGCACGAGAUCAGGCACCAGGACAUGCCCGGCAUGAGGAGCGAACUCACCGAACUUAGAGCCAGCCAUGAACUGCCCGAACUCAAGAUCGAUAUCACGGAACUCAGGACGCAGGAGUCACAGCAGCCGCAGCAGCAGCAACAGCAGCAGCAACAGCAACAAUCGCAUCAACAAAGGCCCCUCAAGCGAGCCAUGAGCGACUCCGACUGUGACGAUGUCUUCUCAGAGGAGAGCGGCAAGGAACCUUGCAACUCCCCUGGAGGCGACUCCUGCCAACACGCGUCCAGGAAGAGGAGACGGGGGAUGAUCGAGAAGAAGCGGAGGGACAGGAUAAACGCAUCCCUUGGCGAGCUUAGAAGAUUGGUCCCGGCCGCGGCGAGGGAUCCACACAGCGGGAAGCUGGAGAAGGCUGAGAUCCUGCAGUUGACGGUGGAGCAUCUCAGGACGCUGCGAAAUAAAGGUCCAGAAGGGUACGACAGUACGAAAUUGGCGAUGGAUUAUCACGCCGUGGGCUGGGGCGAGUGCGCCGCCGAGGUAGGGCGGUACCUGGUGACAAUGGAGGGCCUGGACGAGAGAGACCCCCUCAGGUUGAGACUUCUGUCCCACCUGCAGAGCUUUCACAGGGAACACCCGCCUCCCCCUGGAGGUCCUGUGCCGUCCGCGCCGUUGACCUCGACCUCUUCGGGUCCUAGCUACGAGCCACCGAGUUCCGCCUCUUCGGGGAUGCCUCCUGGCGCCGGAAGUGUGCCUCCCCUUCUCGGUGGAGGAGCCCUAGGAUGGGGGCAGUACCCUGGACAGUACCCCCAACAGCAGCACGGAAAGCCUUACAGACCAUGGGGAGCAGAGCUGGCCUAUUGAGGGAUCGAUCCCUCCUGAAAUAGCAAGCAUUAUAAAUGAUGAUAGGGAGUUAAGGGUGAAGGAUUCAAGAUCGACCAGCUAGGAAGGCGCCUCGACGUGGAGAUGGUGCCAGGAGGUACCCGGAAAUCCGACGAAUCCUGAAACAUGGAAAUUGCCUGCCGAGGGAUCGAUUCGCUUGGAAAUAGCACCCAUUGUACACGGUAUUUCAGGGUUAUUGGUGGAGGGUCCAGGGUGGAGAUGAAGGACCUUGGAAAAUAUUGGUGGAAGUUAAUCUUUAUCCUAAGCGUGGUAUCAUUAACGGGGUGCCUAAUUCUGAUAUGAACCGAUAGAUCAAGACCCUGGAUCCUGGAAGUGGUCUAUUAGGGGAUUGGGAGUUCCCUUGAAAUUACGACAAUAAUCUGGAUAUUGUUCAGCGAAUUUCUAGAACAAAGGGUUCGCAUCCUGGUGACCAGGAAGUUAGGAUUCUGGGAGAGAUCUUCCCUCUCUGGGAGUGUAUACGAUAUCGAGUACAGGAAUUAUACCUCGGCUCCUCGCCUCUGAUUUUAGGGAGCGCGUAAGACCAAAGAAAGCGUUAUUGUAAGGAUAUUGAUAGAGUAAGACUUGGACUGUGUGCUUUUUAUCAGCGAUAACGAGGUACGCUGGUCGCUGAUUUUGAAAGAUUCGAUGCGAGGCUUCCUAAUUGUUGCUCCUUUUGACCAGGGUGUUCGUGGAGGGGGAAAUUAGCGACGAUUGUUGUAUAUAUUUAUAUGUAUCUCCUUGUGCAUUUAUUUAUGUUGUAUAUAUGGAAUAAUGGUGCCUCGUGAGAGGAAUUCCCCUCUUGAGCCUCAGGACGGGCAGGCCGAUCGGCCAGGAUUCCGCGAGUGAUAAUAUGAUAGUCAUACAGGUACCUAAUAAGAAUUUAUACGAAGAAGUAUUUAUUUUGAAAUAACGCGCCGAGGUUCUCGGGCCGUUUCCACGGGAGAUCCCUUUGUACAGUGUACAUACAUAUUUAUAUUUUGGGUAAAUUGUAAGCCACCGCGCAGAGGGCUGCGAAAAAGCACCCUUUUGAACACGCAUUUUGAUGAGUGGAAUUGCCGCGAGGAAUUUCCCCGGAAGUGCCGCCGA